GAUGCCAGGGGGACCGGACCGCAGACCACGCGUGCGGAGGGUUCGGCGGCUGCAUCUGGCGGCGCCGCCAGCCCUUGCACCUCCGGUCCGGGUCCCCGUGGAGCAGCUGCCGGAGAUCAACUCUGCCUCGCCGGAAGCGCGAGCGGAGAUGCUGCGGGUGGUAAUGGGGCGCUUCCCCGACCGCUCAGAGUGGCCCGACCGAUGCAUCCAGGUCAUUCAGACCUCGACGUUCGCGGAACGAGCUCCAUUCACCGGCGAGGAUGGCGGGGUGGAAUACGAGCUGCUAUUCUGGGCGAUUCAGGAGGCGGAAUCGACAGUCCCGGUCACCGCACGCAGGUGGGCGAGGUUCAAGACGACGAGCCCGUCCAGGCUGAACAUGAGGCCGCCCCCCGUGGUGCAGCUCGCCAACAUUCCACGCGAGUUCCUGCCGCCGGGGGAGAGCCCACCCAGAGGCCCUUGAGGGCUGCGGCUCCCGGCGGGCGUGCGCGGCGGGACCUCGAACCGCGGGCGCGCCUUGUGGGGAACAGACUCCGCGGCAGCAGUCUGGAUCCGCCACCAUGGCCGGGAGAUCGAGGAAGGGUGCCGCGUCUUCCAACGAAGGGCCGCACUUGGAGAAAUGCCGCAUGUGUUCUUGUGAAACUAAGGUCUCAUCUACAGCAAUGGAAAGUGCUCUGCGACGACAAUCAAGCAGUGCUGCUACAAAGAUGUAUUCUUCUGCUGGACAAAAAGCGCGGGGAGCUGAUGCGGAUUGCCUGGAGAUGAGCGCAGACGUCCAGAUGGCUGGGAUUAUGCCAGGGUGUUAGUUCUCCGUAGUUGUCCCUUCUGUUCCGGGUCUGUAAUGAUUAAGAGAGUUGGGGUGUGCUUGGGAGAGAACCUGAUCUUAUUAUGUUUGAACUCGUGGUUGACUGUUUCCAGUUCGCUUCAUUAAUAAAAAUGGGGCGGGGAACCCCUUUCAUUCAAAAAAAAACGGACACAGCUAACCUAGAAUGCAUAGCACGGACACGGUCACAACUCCUAUUUUUUUAGGGA